UUUAACUCACGAAUUUCGCCUUUUCUCGCUUCCCACCGCGCGCCAGUGUGAUGCCAGCCGGGAUGUUCAGCAUCGACAGCAUCCUGUCCGGACGGCCGAGCUGCAAGGAGCCGCUGCUGCUGCACCGGAGCGGCCCGGUGGUGCUGUCCGCCGGCCUCACUGACUCUCUCUACACCGACUACAACGGACUGUACUCGGCCACGUGCGGACCGUCUCCUCCGGGGGUGCAGUCUGUGAACGGAACCAGGAUUGGAUAUAAUGGCUACUACUACGGACAGUUACACGUCCAAGGCGCGGGAGGAGGGCCGCCGUGCUGCGGCUCCGUGCCCGGCCUCGGCGCGCAGCAGUGCCCCUGCAUCCCUACAGCGUACGACAGCCCGGGCUCGGUGCUGAUCUCCCCGGUCCCCCACCAGAUGAUGUCCUACAUGAACAUGGGCAGCCUCUCCCGGACGGAGCUGCAGCUCCUCAACCAGCUGCACUGCCGCAGGAAGCGGCGGCACCGCACCAUCUUCACCGACGAGCAGCUCGAGGCUCUGGAGGGCCUCUUCCAGGAGACCAAGUACCCGGACGUCGGCACGCGGGAGCAGCUGGCCCGCAAGGUCCACCUCCGGGAGGAGAAGGUGGAGGUCUGGUUCAAAAACAGACGCGCCAAGUGGAGGCGGCAGAAGCGCUCCUCGUCAGAGGAAUCAGAGAACUCUCAGAAAUGGAGCAAAGCCGCCAAAACGUCCGCGGAGAAAACGGAGGAGAGUAAGAGCGAGGUGGACUCUGACAGCUGA